ACUAGGGUGAUGAAAUUCCCAAGCAACACCAUCCUUUUCAGAUAAGGGCACUGAGGCUGAGAGAGGAGCUGAAACCCACCCGGGGUCACCACACACAGGUGGCAAGGCUGGGACCAGAAACCAGGACUGGUGACUGCAGCCCAGUAUUCAUUCUUUCCAUAGCCCACAGGGCUGUCAAAGACCCCAGGGCCUAGUCAGAGGCUCCUCCUUCCUGGAGAGUUCCUGGCACAGGAGUUGAGGCUCAGCACAGCCCCCUAACCCCCAACUCUCUCUGCAAGGCCUCAGGGGUCAGAACACUGGUGGAGCAGAUCCUUCAGCCUCUGGAUUUUAGGGCCAUGGUAGAGGGGGUGUUGCCCUAAAUUCCAGCCCUGGUCUCAGCCCAACGCCCUCCAAGAAGAAAUUAGAGGGGCCGUGGCCAGGCUGUGCUGGCCGUUGCUUCUGAGCAGAUUACAAGGAGGGACCAAGACAAGGACUCCUUUGUGGAGGUCCUGGCUUAGGGAGUCAAGUGACGGCGGCUCAGCACUCAUGUGGGCAGUGCCAGCCUCUAAGAGUGGGCAGGGGCACUGGCCACAGAGUCCCAGGGAGUCCCACCAGCCCAGUCGCCAGACCUUCUGUGGGAUCAUCGGACCCACCUGGAACCUCACCAGACCCAAGCCCACCUGCUGCAGCCCACUGCCUGGCCAUGACCAUCACCUACACAAGCCAAGUGGCUAAUGCCCGCUUAGGCUCCUUCUCCCGCCUGCUGCUGUGCUGGCGGGGCAGCAUCUACAAGCUGCUAUAUGGCGAGUUCUUCAUCUUCCUGCUCUGCUACUACAUCAUCCGCUUUAUUUAUAGGCUGGCCCUCACGGAAGAACAACAGCUGAUGUUUGAGAAACUGACUCUGUAUUGCGACAGCUACAUCCAGCUCAUCCCCAUUUCCUUCGUGCUGGGCUUCUACGUGACGCUGGUCGUGACCCGCUGGUGGAACCAGUACGAGAACCUGCCGUGGCCCGACCGCCUCAUGAGCCUGGUGUCGGGCUUCGUCGAAGGCAAGGACGAGCAAGGCCGGCUGCUGCGGCGCACGCUCAUCCGCUACGCCAACCUGGGCAACGUGCUCAUCCUGCGCAGCGUCAGCACCGCCGUCUACAAGCGCUUCCCCAGCGCCCAGCACCUGGUGCAAGCAGGCUUUAUGACUCCGGCAGAACACAAGCAGUUGGAGAAACUAAGCCUACCACACAACAUGUUCUGGGUGCCCUGGGUGUGGUUUGCCAACCUGUCAAUGAAGGCGUGGCUUGGAGGUCGAAUCCGGGACCCUAUCCUGCUCCAGAGCCUGCUGAACGAGAUGAACACCUUGCGUACUCAGUGUGGACACCUGUAUGCCUACGACUGGAUUAGUAUCCCACUGGUGUAUACACAGGUGGUGACUGUGGCGGUGUACAGCUUCUUCCUGACUUGUCUAGUUGGGCGGCAGUUUCUGAACCCAGCCAAGGCCUACCCUGGCCAUGAGCUGGACCUCGUUGUGCCCGUCUUCACGUUCCUGCAGUUCUUCUUCUAUGUUGGCUGGCUGAAGGUGGGCCUCUCCAGGGCCCUGCUGGGCUGGAGGCAUGGCCAGAGGGGUCAUGGCCAGCAGCUGCCUGAGACGAGGAUGCAGUGUCAGGAAAGGAAGGUCUCACGGGUAGAAAGCAGCCAGGUGUGGUGGCACACACCUGUAAUCCCAGCUACUCAGGAGGCUGAGGCAGGAGAAUCGCUUGAACCCGGGAGGCGGAGGUUGUGGUGGCAGAGCAGCUCAUCAACCCCUUUGGAGAGGAUGAUGAUGAUUUUGAGACCAACUGGAUUGUCGACAGGAAUUUGCAGGUGUCCCUGUUGGCUGUGGAUGAGAUGCACCAGGACCUGCCUCGGAUGGAGCCGGACAUGUACUGGAAUAAGCCCGAGCCACAGCCCCCCUACACAGCUGCUUCUGCCCAGUUCCGUCGAGCCUCCUUUAUGGGCUCCACCUUCAACAUCAGCCUGAACAAAGAGGAGAUGGAGUUCCAGCCCAAUCAGGAGGACGAGGAGGAUGCUCACGCUGGCAUCAUUGGCCGCUUCCUAGGCCUGCAGUCCCAUGAUCACCAUCCUCCCAGGGCAAACUCAAGGACCAAACUACUGUGGCCCAAGAGGGAAUCCCUUCUCCACGAGGGCCUGCCCAAAAACCACAAGGCAGCCAAACAGAACGUUAGGGGCCAGGAAGACAACAAGGCCUGGAAGCUUAAGGCUGUGGACGCCUUCAAGUCUGCCCCACUGUAUCAGAGGCCAGGCUACUACAGUGCCCCACAGACGCCCCUCAGCCCCACUCCCAUGUUCUUCCCCCUAGAACCAUCAGCGCCAUCAAAGCUUCACAGUGUCACAGGCAUAGACACCAAAGACAAAAGCUUAAAGACUGUGAGUUCUGGGGCCAAGAAAAGUUUUGAAUUGCUCUCAGAGAGCGAUGGGGCCUUGAUGGAGCACCCAGAAGUAUCUCAAGUGAGGAGGAAAACCGUGGAGUUUAACCUGACGGAUAUGCCAGAGAUCCCCGAAAAUCACCUCAAAGAACCUUUGGAACAAUCACCAACCAACAUACACACUACACUCAAAGAUCACAUGGAUCCUUAUUGGGCCUUGGAAAACAGGUCUGUCCUCCACCUGAACCAGGGGCACUGCAUUGCCCUGUGCCCCACCCCAGCUUCCCUUGCUCUGAGCCUACCCUUCCUCCACAAUUUCCUAGGGUUCCAUCACUGCCAGAGCACACUGGACCUACACCCAGCACUGGCUUGGGGUAUAUACUUGGCCACCUUCACAGGGAUCCUAGGGAAGUGUUCGGGACCUUUUCUCACUUCACCCUGGUAUCACCCGGAAGACUUCUUGGGACCAGGUGAAGGAAGAUGAGGUUGUGCUGACCAGAAUGAGGCUGGAGAACUGCCCCAGGGCUGACAGGCCAGGCUUAGCUGAGCAGAUGUUAUCACUGGCCCCAACUUACUUUGAGCAAGGGUGGCUGACCCAAAACCAUGAGGUGGCAGUCAGCUGGAUGACAGAUGAACACUUCCCCCAUAACUAUUUAGGGUAGUACCCAAGCACUACAGGAAAAGAUGGCAGAACUGCCCCACUCCUAGGAACUGGUAGAUGGUGAGGUUGAGGGUGUCCAGGGCCCUUAGGUCAUUUUCUCAUUGCCUGGGGACCUCACCAAAAUACUUCUUGCUUCCUUGGGGUCAGCCCAAAGCUGUCACAAAAUCAGAUAUUUCCCUUUAUUCCAGAUUUCCUGGACACUUUCACCCAAUUAUAAACACCCCACUUCAGCCCCAAUCAUGUGGGAGGAAGUAUAACUUCCCUUUUCUAGAUUCUCAAGCAGUUACUUUCACGGUCAGAACACCCAGCUAUUAUGAUUGAAAACCUAAAAGGGCAACAAUUUCAGUCUUGCUUCUAGGGCUAGACAGGAACUUGGCAAACAUCUGUGGCAAAGGAUGUUAAUAUUUAAGAAUCUUGUCUUGGGCUGGGUGUGGAGGCAAGUGGAUCACAGGAGGUCAGGAGUUUGAGACCAACCUGGCCAAUAUGAUGAAACCCCAUCUCUACCAAAAAAAAUACAAAAAUCAGCUGGGCGGCGUGGUGUGCCUGUAGUCCCAACGCAGGAGGUUGAGGGGAGAAUUGCUUGUACCCAGGAGGUGGUGGUUGCAGUGAGAUUGAGCAACUGCAAUCCAGCCUGGGCGACGGAGUGAGACCGUCUCAAAAAAAAAAAAAGGAUCGUCUCAACCUUUGCCCUCCUACUGCAACAUUUUGGUAUUUGAAAUGAAGGUACCUUCCAUACUUACGCUGUUAAUACUUUCAUUCUCACUAGGGAUGAAGCACAUUCCUAACCUGCUUCCUAACGGGGAUGCUUCGCCAGCCAGGUCCUCACCUGUGUGUACACCAGCAGGACACUGAUCCAGUCACAGCCAUACAGCUGUCCACACUGAAGAACAUGUCCUACAACAGCCUGAAUCAAAUGGUUAGCUUAACAGAUAAAAAUCCCAGACUACUUCAGCCUUUAAUGCCUUUUAUUCAUAAAAACUGUGAAAGCUAGACUGAACCAUUGGAAACAUUUAACUCAGACUCUGGAUUCAGAGUCAGUAACCCUUAGUUCUGUCUGAAUCCAAGACAGCCACACCUUAGUAUACUGCCCAAAUGAGUUUAAUAAAUACAAAUACUUGUUUCUUUUUGA